GGCGCUGGGAAACAGGCGGAAAGCAAGCCCGGGGGGCGCGCCACGCCCUUCUCGGCGCGAGCCUACGCCCUCUCCCAAUCAACGCCGCCGGUCGUCCGACAGCGGCCUCCCAUUGGUUUUGAUCUGCUAGAAGGCGGGGAGAAGGGGCGGGACGUCGGUCGGACGCCUAGCCAAUCGCCGGGCCCACCGCGAGCGCCCCUGGUUGCCCCUGGAAACCGAACAGCCGGGAGCUGCGCUCAGCUGCGCAGGCCGAGUCCGGGAAAGAUGGAAGGCCCCUCGGAACACCCUGGGGACUCGAAGAAGGAAUACGGAGAUGUGGCGAGCCUGGCCCCGCGGCCGUCCGGGGUCAAGGCCAGCCCUGGCCCCCAUUCCCCAGCCGAGCCCGCGGAGCCGGUAGCCGUAGAGUCUUCGGAGAGAAGUUCCGCCGCGGUGGAGCCCGCCGAGCCCCCGGAGCCGGCCGAGUCGGACAAGCCGGCCGAGCUCGCCGAGCUCGGGGAAGGGCCGUUGGCCACCGAAGCUGAGGGGCCCGGAGAGCGAGAGGGGCCCGGAGAACGGGAGCGGCAGGCCGAGGCCGAGGCCGAGCCUGAGCCUGAGAAGCCGACCGAGGAGCCAGCCGAGCCGGGGUCCGAAGGCGGGCCCGGGCCCGAGCCCGAGGAACCCGAGAAGAGAGAAGAGGCGCCCGAGGAGGAAGAGGCGGAGACACCCGAGGAGGCGAGGAGUAAGAAAGCCUCAUCGCAGGCUUCGGUGCGGCGGUCCGCCUCGUCGCAGGCUUCGGUGCGGCGGUCCGCGACCAGCCAGGAGGAGGCUGCGCCCGUCCCGGAGGCUGAGCGCGAGGAGCUGGAGGAGGAGGAGGUGGAGGAGGAGGAGGAGGAGGAGGUGGAGAGCGAGGUGAGCGCGAGGAAGAGCGUGGAAGGAAGUGAGAAGGGGCUGGACGAGGAGCUCAAGGAUUCGGAGUUGGAGUGGACCGAGGAGGUGCAGAGGCAGCAGGAGCAGCAGCUGCGCUCCGAGCUCCUGGAGCAGUACCGCACCCUGAGGGUGGAGCGGAGCCACUACCAGCGCUACAACAUCUACCUGCAGCACAAGAUCUAUGAGGCGCUGCGCAAGAAGAAGGGCCUGGAAGCGGCCGAGGUGCCCGAGAAGGGCGCCGAGCCCGAGGCCCCCGAGAAGGAGGAAGCCUACCUCCACUACCUGGCCCUGCUGGAGGAGCUCAGGAAGCAGGAGGCCGACGACCUGGACUGGUACCACCAGGAGCUGGACCAGCUGAAGCAGCAGUGCAAGGAGAAGGUCUCCAGGGUGGAGAAGGAAUGGCGACGAUUCCAGGCACUCAAGAAGCAGGUGGUGCUGCAGGCCAUGGGCAGCUGUCGGCUGAGGGGCGGUCGCCAGGCUGCCCUGCGGGAGGUGGAGCAGAUCCAGGCGCUGGAGGACAAGAAGGAGAAGGAGAUGAGCGCCGUGCGGCUGGAGAACGUGCAGCUGAAGCAGAGCCUCGUGCAUUUUGAAACCAGGAUGCGGACCCAGGAGGGCACGUCGGACGGCUUGCUCCUCAUCGACUUUGAGCAGCUGAAGAUUGAGAACCAGACCUUCAAUGAGAAAGUGGAGGAGCGAAACGAGGAGCUUUUGAAACUGCACGGCAAGGUGAACAACAAUGUGCAAAUCAUCACCCACGUGAAGGAAAAGUUGCACUUCGUGGAUAUUGAAAAUAUGAGCAAAAAGGCGCAGCUUUUGGAGGUCGAGGCUCAGGUGGCCCUACGGAGGGACAUCCUGACCAAGACGAAGCAAGCGCGAGACAACCUGCGGCUGGACAACAUCAAGCUGAACCAGAGGUGUGGGCUCCUGGGCAAGGAGUCUCUCCUCCGGGACAUGGAGGAGAAGGCGGGCAGGACCGAACAGCUCCAGCAGCACUUGGAGAACCUGCAGCGCCACCACGCCGGCCUGGCCCUGUCCUGCCGCGGGGUGAAGCAGAAGGUCCGGGAAGCCAGGGCCUUCCUGCCCUCCUGACGGGCUCACCUCGGCAGCCGCUAUUGUCAGUUAACUUCUAUUCUCCAUGUGUUGCCAUUCUUUAAAAGGCUUGUGAUAUUUAGGAUGGAACUACAUUUUGUAUUUAUCUCAGACUCUGUCAGCUUCGAAAUGAGUGAGUGCUGGGCACAAAAUUGGGUUAGCAAUGGGUUUUAUUAUGGGGUCAAGCAAAGCAGGUCCAGAGGAACAACAGCAGGUGGUGUGCCCCCUUCUCGUGAAACACUGUCGAGAGUCUUAUAUCUGAGCGACUCCAUCAUCUCAGCGACCUGAUGCUGAGGAGAACUGCCCCCUCCCCCCUGUCGGAGCGGCAGCCAGUGGGCAGGAUGUCCCCAGUUCCUGUGCCAAUUAUUAAAUCUCUGCAUUUAUUAAACUGUGCGAGUCAGUUUCAAUUCAAACCUCGUGACUCCCUUAGAUGAACCUCGCUUCUGGGGCAAUAAAACAUCCAGGAAACGGGAAAUGACACAGAGGAAAGGGGCUGGUGUUCAUCUUCCCUUUGCUCCGUGAAAGGAGGCUCAGUCUGCUGAGCAGUGGAAGUUUGUUUCUGGCUCAAUGGCAGUCUUCAAGUCUAAUGAACUGUUUUCUUGGGCCCUCUAAAGGAAAGCAUUGAUCUCCCCCAAUAAAUGAAGGUUUGUUUUCUAGUGAAGACAGCGGGGGCUGUGUUUUGCCAGGUGCAAUAUGUAUGGAGUGGGGAGUGCCAACUGCCCAUAAGCCUCUUGUUUCCGGCGAGGCAACGGGACCCCACUCUGCACGUGGUUUUACUCUGUAUCAUACGUUAAAAUGCCUAUCAUUCCUCGUGUUAAUGCAAGAAAAAGCUGAUAGGCCCAGCUCCUUAAUUCAGAAUUGGUGAUUAACAUUUUUAGGGGUGGGGGUAAUGCUUUUGAAGCUAGGGGCUUGGUUUUCUUCUUUUUUUAAAAAAAAAAAUAUGGUUUUAUUGAUUUCAGAGAGAGGAAGGGAGAAGGACAGAGAGCUAGAAACAUUGAUGAAAGAGAAACAUCAAUGGGCUGCCUCCUGCACACCCCUCACGGGAUCAAGCCUGUAACACGGCCUGUGCCCCUCACCAGGACUUGAACCGUGAACUCCAGACUCAUGGGACGACACUCAACCAACUGAGCCACACUGGUUGGGCGGUUUUAUUUCUUCUUAAUCUUAGGUUAAAUUUUGAGAUGUGCGGAUCUGGGAUUAAAAGUAUUCCCUUAUCCCUAACCUUGAGUGCAUCUCAAGGGUGAUCUAUUUUUUGGUGCUAAAUACCUUUUAAGAAUGGCACAAACCCCACUCAAAGCAGAUGACUCCGCUGGUCCGGGGAAUGUCCCAAUAACUUUGUCUUUUGAUGCAUUUUGUUUUAAAGUGUUUUUCCUUUGAUGGCAAUAAAGGUUGAUUGCAAUUUCUUUUUACAUCCCACAUCUUGAAUACACGUUAUCAUAUAUACCAAUCCUACCACACAGACGUAACCCGAGGGGAGGGAAGAGCUUCACUUCCUACUCCCACUCUCCUCAUCCUCUACAAGUUCUGUCUUCUCUCUACCUGUUCAUCGGCCACAGUGAGGGAGUGCAUCGCUGGCAACAGAACAUUCUCUUCUUUGAGCCUCAUACAAAAAGCAACACUGGGUGGCUCUGUGGUUGGGAGACUUCCGAGUGCAACUACCAAUAUGCCUGGUGCCUUCACCAAGCAAAUGGCCUUUGCCAGCGCCCAUCCCUUAGGCUCACAAGAGGGGAAGAGGUGUCCUCAGCUGACUUUGCCACGUUAGCAAUUAUCCAGGUCGAACCGAGCACCUGCAUCGGCCAUGGCCUCCGCAUCAGGCAGGUCUGAGUGCCAAGAUACAAGAAGCGUGAGGCUGGCAUUGGCUUUUGUUGCCAAUCCUCACCCAAGGGUAUUUUUUUCCAUUGAAUUUCAGAAAGAGUUUGGUCCGAGGGCUGACACUCUAGCCGCUGUGCUGGCCUCGGACAAGGCUGGCCUCGCUUUAGGGGCAGGCUACCAAUGCCGCUCAGAUUCUAUCACUGCUACAAUGUUACCAUUAACUAGGAGACAAUGUUGGUUACUUCACAAGGGUGUUUCUAAAUAGAUUAUACAAGAGCUUUUAAUCUCAAUGGAAUACUACUCGGCCAUAAAAAAGGAAAUUUUACCCUCUGCGACAGCAUGGAUGGACCUUGAGAGCAUUAUGCUAAGUGAAAUAAGCCAGACAAAGACAAGCACCAUAUGAUCUCACUCAUAUGUGGAAUCUAAUGAACAAACUGAACUAAUAAGCAAAAGAAAGACAGACUCAGAGAGAGAGAGAGAGCAGGCAGACAGCUCUCAGGGGUUGGGGUCAGGGGGUGCGGAAGGAUUGAGCAAAAAAGAAAGAAAAUUAUAAAACCCACUUACACUUAACAAAACAAAGAUGUUGGGUACCCUUUUUACCUCAUUUGCAGAAAAGGAAAACGAUGCUUAGAGAAUUACAAUGCUCUCCUCACCUUCGGCUAACUGCUCCUUAAACCUGGGUUUAUUUUUGAGCUGUUUAAGAAGGGCUGUUGAAACGGGCAGAGGCCCUGCCCCUCCAUCCACAGGGAACCUCCAGGGCUCAGGCAUCGGGAAGCUGGGCCUUGGCAUGGCCGUGCGGGAGUAGCUGUCCUAGAGCAAGCAGGCUGCAGGGAGGAGCGGGGCAGCUCCGGGAUCCCUGGGACCUGAGGUCGUGCUGAGCCCCGGGGCCGGGGGCGGGGGGGCGAGUGGGCCUGAGCUUCACGCUGCCCAUCAAGGCUUCCUCUGCCAGUCCACCCGAGAUACCCUUCCUCUGGUCCAGCUGGUGGCCAACAGCUCAUCCCUAGUCCACCUUGGUGUCACCCUGCCUCUCCGCCCACCUGCUGCAGUGUCCUCCAACCAGCUCCUCCCCCCAGU